AUUUUGCUCUGCUUCUAAGCACAGCGACAGAUGGCAUCUCAGCGGCGGCGUCACCACUAUUACCAACGCUUCAGCCCAAUGAUUCCGGUCAUUUCCGCCGUCGCCGCCGCUCUACUCUUUCUCUUCGCUCUCCUUUCCUUUUUAGCUCCUUCUCCCAUCGACACUGAUCAUACGCACCGGAGACGCCAACACACCUCGUUUAACGCUGAAGGCGAUGAUACGAUUGAAAUUCCUGUGUUCCGCAUUCCGAACGGUGGAGGGAAAUUGGAUCGCGAUAUUUGGACCUCUAGAAAUGCCGAGCACUUUCACGGCUGCAGCAAUGCCAGCAACAAGUUUCCAAAAGCUCAAGUGAUUACACAACCGAACCGAUAUUUGAUGAUUGCAACGAGUGGAGGCUUGAAUCAACAAAGAACCGGGAUUACAGAUGCUGUCGUUGCUGCGCGGAUUUUGAAUGCCACUCUUGUUGUUCCAAAAUUGGAUCAACGAUCUUUCUGGAAAGAUUCUAGUAACUUCUCAGAGAUCUUUGAUGUUGAUUGGUUUAUAUCAUAUCUGUCAAAAGAUGUCAAAAUUAUCAAGCAACUCCCAAGUAAGGGAGGAAAAAAAUUAUCUUCAUACUCCAUGCGUGUUCCAAGGAAGUGUAAUGAAAGAUGUUAUAUAAAUCGCAUAUUACCUGUACUCCUGAAAAAGCAUGCUGUUCAGCUCAACAAGUUUGAUUACAGGCUUGCAAACAAGUUGGAUACAGAGUAUCAGAAGUUGAGAUGUAGAGUUAAUUACCAUGGUUUAAGAUUUACGAACCUUAUACUUGCAAUGGGUGAAAAAUUGGUCCAUCGGAUGAGGAUGAGAAGCAAGCAUUAUAUUGCAUUGCACCUGAGAUUUGAACCUGAUAUGCUUGCAUUUUCUGGAUGUUAUUAUGGUGGAGGAGAGAAGGAGCAGAAGGAACUAGGCGCAAUAAGGAGGAGGUGGAAGACACUACAUAGAAGCAAUCCUGAUAGGGCAAGGAGACAGGGAAGAUGCCCGUUGACCCCAGAAGAAGUUGGUCUCAUGCUAAGAGCCUUGGGGUAUGAUUCAGACGUUCAUAUUUAUGUGGCAUCAGGGGAAGUUUAUGGAGGGGAAGAAACAUUGGCACCUCUCAAGGCAUUAUUUCCUAACUUCCAUUCAAAAGAGACCAUUGCGACCAAGGAAGAAUUAGAGGCAUUUUCUUCAUUUUCUUCUCGCAUGGCUGCACUUGACUUCAUUGUUUGUGAUGAAAGUGACGUAUUUGUAACCAAUAACAACGGUAAUAUGGCUAAAAUAUUAGCUGGACGAAGGAGAUACAUUGGGCAUAAACCAACCAUUCGUCCAAAUGCUAAAAAACUCUAUCGAUUGUUCUUGAGCAGAAGUAAUUUGACUUGGGAAGUUUUUGCUUCUAGUGUCCGUACUUUCCAGAAAGGCUUCAUGGGGGAGCCAAAGGAGGUUAGACCAGGUAGAGGCGGGUUUCAUGAGAAUCCAUCUACCUGCAUAUGUGAAGAUUCUGAGGCCAAAGUUGAGAAAAAAUCUGGACCUAGAAAAUAUGGGAAGGACAAUGCAACCAAGAAAAAUGUGACAAAUGAUGCCCUGGAUGUUGAUGACGAGUCUGGACGGCCAGACAUGGAAGAUGAUGAAGAUCAGGAUGAUCUAGCAGAUAAUGAAACAAAUUCAGAUUAUGAAACUCUGAACUUUGAGGAUCCUGAGUUGGAGGAAGUUAUAUCAGAUUAGGGAAGCCAACGUAUUCUGCGCUGAUGUACCAGUUGACUCUUUUAUUAUGAUUCUUUGCGCUCAUCACAUCCCCAUGUGCAGCUGUUGUUCGACGAUUUGAGAGUUGCUUAUAAGCCCAAACAGAAGAAACAUAAAAAAAAAGGUCUUUCUCAAUACUGGCUGAACUUCAAGUUGCUGUAGUAAGAAGACAUCUCAAAUUUAAUUAUAAGAACAUCUUGGGCAUUUUUAAGGACAUAAUGGCCCCAGUUUGAUGUUGAAAUUUGGGGGUGUUUGGAGUUAUAAUUGAAUCUCAAUCUGUAAAAUGGUGAUCAGAAGUGAGCAAUGGAAAUGGAGUUGGAAGACAACCAUUCGAGAAUAGCUGCAUACAAAAUUGAGUUUGCUAGGAAGUAGAAAAAUCUGUAAAUCUUCGUUGAGGAAAAUUGUUACAGUUGAUGGACUGUACAUCGUCGUUCCUGUCUUUCUUUGACAUUGAUGCAAUGAACUUCACUUUC